AUGACACCCGUUUCGCGUAUAAAAAGGGGACUCAAAUAUGACAAAGAACAACAGUCCACAAAACUACCAGAGAAAAAAAGAGAUAAACCCUUCAAACGUCGACAUGAACACCCAGCCCGAGAGUACCGGCCUGGCCUCACCGUCGACGAACAAGACACCCAAGAGGACCUUCUCUCCCAAAGCUCCUCGACCAAGCAAACCCAGGAUGACUCGGAUACCCCCGAAGCUGAUGAACCUACCAGAAAGAACCCGCAUAUCGAUGGAGAAUCAGACCCCAAGAUGGAAGCAUAUGUGGCUGCUUUCGAGAAGAAAUCUUCGCCCGCGACGCUGAACGUGAGGAACGCAUGCAAGCCAUGA